UAGAUGGAGAACAGGACAGAAGUGACACAGUUCAUCCUUCUGGGACUGACCAAUGACCCAGAUCUACAAGUCCCCCUCUUUGUGACCUUCCUCCUCAUCUACACCAUCACUCUGGUUGGGAACCUGGGGAUGAUCCUGUUGAUUGUCUUGGACUCCCGUCUCCACACUCCCAUGUACUUUUUUCUGGGUAACCUGUCUCUGGUGGACUUGUGCUACUCUUCAGCUGUCACUCCCAAGGUCAUGACUGGCCUCCUUCUUGGAGACAAGGUCAUAUCCUACAAUGCUUGUGCUGCUCAGAUGUUCUUUUUUGUAGUCUCAGCUACUGUUGAAAAUUUCCUCUUGUGCUCAAUGGCCUAUGAUCGCUAUGCAGCAGUGUGCAAGCCCCUGUACUACACCACCACCAUGACAACAAGUAUGUGUAUGUGGUUGAUCUUAGGCUGUUAUGUCAUUGGUUUCCUGAAUGCCUCCAUCCACACUGGGAACACGUUCAGUCUUGUGUUCUGUCUUUCCAAUGUGGUCCAUCACUUUUUCUGUGAAAUUCCAGCAGUCAUGGUUCUCUCAUGCUCGGAGAGACAUGUUAAUGAGCUGGUUCUUAUUUAUGUAGCCAGCUUCAAUAUAUUUUUUGGUGUUAUAGUUAUCAUAAUAUCCUACGUAUUCAUUUUCAUCACAAUCCUGAAGAUGCGCUCAGAUACAGGACAUAGGAAGGCUCUGUCCACCUGUGCCUCCCACUUCACUGCAGUCUCCAUUUUCUAUGGGACUCUAAUCUUCAUGUGCUUACAGCCCAGCUCCAGUCACUCCAUGGACACUGACAAAAUCAUAUCUGUGUUCUACACUAUGGUCAUCCCCAUGCUGAACCCUAUGGUCUACAGCCUGAGGAACAAGGAGGUCAAGAGCGCAUUCACAAAGACAGUUUUAAAGGCAAAAUAA